AUGACCACAGUUAAAGUCAAUGGACAUACUUGGUCCACCCAUAGUGGGAAAUCUAAAGAUAAAGUUGUUGAAGCACCCGUUAUACAUAAUGAAGGUAAGCUAGAACCUCCAAAUAAGUAUAGAAGUUUGAAUGUCUUCACAGUAUUUUACAUGUUAAUUAACAAUUUCUUAAGAUCGAUCAAGAUCUUAGAUAAAAAUCAAACUAUAACCGAAUUGAUUUUAUAUUAUAUUAAUCAUUCCAUUCUUUUGAUGGUAUUUUUCAUAAUGUCUAUUUAUAAGAAUUUCUUAUGGAUUUACAGAAAAAUUGUUUUAAAAUCAUUGAAUGUUACAUAUUAUCCAAAUAAAUCUCCUCAUAUAAUCAGAGAUGAUGUAAAUAAAUUAAAUAAGAUUCCUAAAAGAUUAUCAUGUAUUUUGAAUUUUAAAGAUGAAGAUGAUGAGAAUGGAGGUAUCGAUGGAUUGAUUUUCGAUAUAAGUGAACUUGUUGCAUGGUCAGUCAGUGCUGGAAUAGCUGAAUUGAAUAUUUAUGAAUAUAAUGGUAUUAUCAAUACUUAUAAUGGAGAAUUAAAUCGUUAUAUUAAUAAGAAUUUGAAGAAUUAUUUUGGUACAGAGUACAUUCCAAAUAUAACUAUUAAAAUUCCACAUGUAGGUCAAAUUAUGGUUAAUGAUGCUUCGAAACCUGUUGAUUUGACUGUUAAUUUAUUAAGUGCAAUUGAUGGUAAACCCACAAUAGUUGAAUUAACUAAAACUAUGAGUGAAUUAGCUGUUAAUAAAGAAUUGAAGAUUGAGGACAUAACCAUUGAUCUUAUCAAUGAAGAAUUAAUUGAAUUAGUUGGUAAUGAGCCUGAUCUUUUAAUCAUAUUUAAUCCUAAUUUGGAUUUACAAGAUUAUCCACCUUGGCAUAUAAGGUUAACAGAAUUUUAUUGGGAAUAUGAUAACAAAGAUGUCACUUAUGCUGUAUUUAUUAGAGCUUUACAAAAUUAUGCAAAAAGUAAAGUAAAUGUUGGUAAGUAA